CCAAAAUCCAAACCCCCAAACAAACACACCCUUAACGUACUUUAGAUAAUCACGCAAAAAGUUAAGGCCGUGUUUGGAUGGACGUUCCGUACGGCUCUGCCUCGGGUAAAUCGAAAAGGGAAAUUUUGCAGGCACGCCAUGUCUGUUUCCAUUGAAGAAUCAUGGGUCUGGGUCUGGGUCUGAGAUGGUUGUGAGUUAACUUAACUGUAUUGAUGUCACUGUCUCGUCGAUUGAUGAUUUUGCCGCUCGCAUCGUCCACUUUUACCGCGCGGUUUAUAAUGGGAAUGAGAAUCAUGGCAAUGGAUGAGGAGGAGGAGAGAAAGAUGAUGUCAUCUAUUGCACACCAAAAGAGGACGGUACACGUAAGAGAGAGAGCUUAUACAAGCACCAGCGGUGGCCGCUUAAUUUGUGAAGCUUUUGUUCGAAACUGUUCGCUUAUAUUUCGCAAUCAAGUUGUCUGUAUGCUUCAAAAUGUCAGUGAAUGGAGCCUAAUAUGAUAGGUCAAGAAGCAUUAGAAGAGUACGAUGAUUGGAACAGGAAAAGAGAUGACUAUGAAAUCUAUGAAAAUGAAAGGAGAUCGAAAAUCAAACCCUUGAAGAAGCGGGCCACGAAUGCAUCAAACAAGUUCACACAUUCUCUUAAGAGAAGGGGAAAAAGGAAAGUUCAUUUUAGAAUGCCUUCAAUUUCAAUAGAGGAUUUGCGCGACCCUGUGGAGGAGAGUGCUGUCUGUGACCUAUGUCAAAGACUUCUCGACAUGGAUUUGUUGCCAGUUCAGUAUGAUGACUACCAUACACUGCUCCGGUUUUUAAAGGCGAGAGACUUCAACAUCGAAGAGACCAUCAAGAUGUGGGAAGAAAUGCUUAACUGGAGGAGGGAGUAUGGAGCUGGCACCUUUCUGGAGGAAUUCGAUUUCGAGGAGCUGGAAGAAGUUUUGGAAUAUUAUCCACAAGGAUAUCAUGGCAUUGACAAAGAAGGCAGGCCAAUUCACAUACAACGGCUAGGGAAAGCCAACCCGUGCAAACUAAUGCACUUCACUUCAAAUGAAAGAUACUUGAAAUAUCAUGUUCAGGAGUUCGAGAAGUUGAUGCAUGAAAAAUUCCCAGCCUGUUCUGUUGCUGCUAAGAGACUGAUCCGUUCAACAACAACAAUAUUGGAUGCUCAUGGCCUGGGAGCUAAAAGCUUCACAACAACAACAGCUAGCCUGUUGGAAGCCAUGGUUAAGAUUGGCAGUAGUUACUACCCUGAGACACUGCACCGAAUGUACAUUGUCAAUGCUGAAUCAACCUUCAAGAAAGUUCUUUGGCCGGCCGCACAGAAGCUUCUAGAUCGUAAAACUAUCGCAAAAAUUCAUGUUUGGGACCGUAAUUCGUUGAAGAAACUACUGGAAGUAAUUGAUCCAAGUCAACUGCCUGACUUUUUGGGUGGAUCCUGCACUUGUAAUGUUGUGGGUGGUUGUCUGAGGUCGAACAAGGGUCCAUGGAGUGACCCAGAAAUAAUGAAGAUGGCCUACAAUGUGGAAGCAUCAUCAGUGAGGCAGAUCAUCGACAUACCAUAUGACCAACAGAAGAAGAAUGAGUUGUGUAUUGAAAUCCGACCUGUAAUGGGAAUGCGCUGCAAAACAUCUGGAGUUGGAUCAGUGUCCAAUGCAGAUAACCUUUGUUCUCAAACCAGACAACAUUGCACAAAGAUUUCACUGCUGAAUCCAGCUUGCGAAGAAGGCCGAACAUCGGAUUCAUGUUAUUACAGUUGUGAUGAACAAUUUGGUACAGACAAUAAAAACUGGAGCAGCGAAGCUGUCAGAAAUACAAAUGGCGAUACAAGAUUGACGAAAGGUUUCCGGUUUAUGACAAGAACAUUAAUAUCUAUUGCAACCAAGCUUUUCGCAUUUGUCCGGACCCGGAGAGAAGCCAACAAUUGUCCUCCCAAUCAAACCAGCUCAAAUGGCUGCUUGUCUGUGGGCACGGGCAGACAAGCUGCCGUUAAACAAGAUAAUAAUCAGAUCCUUCCAUGUGUACAACAGCGUCUUCAGAGAUUGGAGAGUCUGCUAGAUGAAGUUGACAAGAAGCCUGCAAAAAUUCCAUUGGAUAAGGAGCUAUUGCUUUGCCAGUCUCUGGAGAGGAUUAGAUCCAUUGAGUUUGAUCUUCAGAAGACGAAAAGGGCAGUGAAAACUACAGUAAAGAAGCAGGUGGAGAUUGCAGAGUUGCUACUUGAACGGCAUAUGCAAGAUUCAGGAGUCGGACAGCAGCGCUGCCAAAAAUCGUGCUGUUAAACCAACCUGCACUGAGGAUGCUUACUUCUCCAUCGUCCUCCACAAGCCCCGCUCUAUUGGUAUAUAUAUACACACACAUAAACACUUGGUUCCAUGAUAGAAUAAUUGUCACAAAAAUGAUCUUACAGCAUUGAAGUGAAGUGGGGUUAUUAUUAUUAAUGUAAAUUAGAAGAUAAAAAGAGUAUAGCUAGGAGGAAUGGUUGGUUGUACUGUAUAGAUGAUGAUGAUGAUGAUGAUGCUGUAACUGUAACUGGAAGGGGAUGCUAAUGGUGGGUGACAGUUAGUUGUAGUGAUUAAUCUCAAUAAAACCAUAUAUACACAUAGUACAGUAGAGUACAGUAAAAAGCAGCAAGGGAAAUGAAUCUCUUUCUGUUCCUGUCCGCUGUUAAUUGUGGUGUUGUAUUGGGUAUUGGAUAGAUAUAAUGUAAUGAUGAGAUGAGAUGGGAGGCCCCUACCCUACCCUACCCUACCCCACCCCCAAUCCCACUUGAUGGAAAGAAAAUUCAAUUCUGGCAUAUCUGGUUCUUGACAUUGUGUUGAGACUGUAGAGCAGUGUCCCCACAGCAGUGCCAUGAUAGAUCAUUCCUCCUCACAAUCUCAUUAAUUACAUCAUCAAUUGGAAGCGAGAGAGAGAGGGAGAGAGAGAGAGAAAGAUGAAGAUGAGAGGUGAGAGUCAGUGUCCUCCAUCAUCAUCAUCAUCAUGAAGCAAAGCAAAGUUGAUUUGAAUCUGAUCAAGGUGAGUGGAUCUGUGCCUUCCUUCGCUUCCCUGGUUUUUGGAUGAGACUGAGAUGAAGUGGCGGGGCGUUGUUGUUGUUGUUGUGUGUACUUCCAUCUCCAUACUCUUUGGAUUCUCCUUCUUCACCAUUUCCACCUCAGGUGAAGGUGAUGGUGAUGAUGCAAUGAUGGUGUUGCUUAGAUCAGAAUCAUCAGCAACAGGUGUGAGUCAGAGGAAGCUUUUCCAGCUCAAGAAAUCAUGUCCCAUAAACUUCGAGACACAGAACUACACGAUCCUGACGAGCCAAUGCAAGGCCCCCGAUUAUCCUGUCGAGCCAUGCUGCUCGGCGUUGAGGCAAUUCGCGUGCCCCUUCCGCAAUGAGUUGAAUGACCAAACCAAUGACUGCUACAAAACAAUGUUCGAUUACAUCAACGGACCCCAUAAAUAUCCCAAUACCCUAUUCACCGGUAACUGCAACGACAACAGGUUUGGCCUCAGCUGCCCGGCCUCAGCACCGUCCCCGGGAGUCGGCACCACCCAUAAAGAAGCUGAUGCUGCUCCAAAACAUUGUGUGCAG